AUGUGGGUUCUUACUCUGAUAUGUUUAUAGCUAACUCCAGUAAUGAUAGGGAUAAAAGAGACUCUGAUAUAGUCUCCAUUAACAACUCUAGUGGGCAGAACGUAUUGAGACGUAGGAAAGCAACUGAGAUACAUAGAGAGUUAUAAAUUCACCAUCUUGACACAAGGAAUCUUCAUUCACACACCACGAUGAUGAGUUUGAGUGCCUCAACACUGAUAGAAAGGAGCAAGGAUGGUUUGAACUUGGCAUUCAGAAUAAAACAAGUGAAGAAAUAGAACAAAAACUUUAUUUUGUGCUCGACCGAGUUGAAACUUACAUACAUUCUUUAAUCGAAGGAGUUAAAAUACUGAGUCUUAAGGUGUGAUGUCAAGAGAGUUUAACACAAUGCUAACAAAAGCUAAGAAUAUGACCUCUAACUUUUACCAUACGGUGACAAAAUAUAUUGAGGAGGUCCAGGAGAGUGUUAAUGAUAGAUAUCAAAGUAUGAGAAUGGUGACUCUUCAAUCAAUUAGUAACAAAUUAUCAGUCUUGUUUCAUGAGAUUGUCCAAGAGCAGAACUCAGGACAGAUUCCUGAUAUUACCUUCUCAUCCUAUUUUGAGUCUCCAAGAGAGAUAUUGCACGAUAUAUCUAGGAUACCUCUUUAUAUCCACAUGUUAUCAGCAAUAUGAUGACUUGCAUGUAGUGCUGUAUUUCACUUAUUCUUCGUACACUCCUCAAAAAUCUCAGAUAUCUUAUCCAGACUGGACUACGCUGGUAUUUCUUUCCAGAUUGGCAGCUCUUGUGUACCUCCAGUUUAUUAUUCUUUAUAUUACCCACAGUAUGAUCUUCUGAGAUCUGCAUAUUUGCUUGUCAUAUUCAUCGGAUGUUCAGGAGUUUUUACAGUGACAAUGAUUCCCAAGUUCAACACUCCUAACUACAGAUCUUUCAGAGCAAUUUUGUUUGUACUGCUAGGAUUGGCUUCUGCUUUUCCAAUGGCUCAAUUCAUUUUCUUCAGAGAUCCAUUGACUAUGCCAGCAUUCCCAACAAACUACUGGGGUCUUGGAGGUGACACGUAUAUUUUUGGCACUUACGUAUAUGCGAUUAGAUUCCCAGAAAGAUGGUACCCUGGUAAGUUUGACAUGUGUGGACACUCCCAUAAUCUUUGGCAUUGCUUUGUCCUCUUAGCAGCAAUCGUUCAUUACUAUGGUAGCCUAGAGGUGUACCAUUUGAGAAGACAUUAUGAAUGCCCAGCUUAAGUUUUACAUCAUCAUUU